CUCACACUAGUGAGAAACAGUUUUGUCCACACGUGAAGCAUGGGGAUGUUGUGAAUUCUUCUGUUACUGUAUUUAUUUGUCCAAUUCCCGUUCUGUAUUCUUUUACAAUGGUAGAAAUAGAUGAGGAUCCCCAGAUGGGGUUUGAGUCCGAGGAAGACGACGACGACUUAUCAGACGGCGAGUCCAAUAAAAUAUCUGUAAUGAUUUUCUUCUACAUCAUUCAGGAGGGUCUUAAGAAAUGUCUGGCUGAGUUUAAGAGGAACCUGCCGUGGGCUGAAAGGCUGGACCUCACUAACUACCCAGCUGUUGACAUUGUUGCAAAAGCGGAGGGCAGAGCGCAGCAACCUGAAGGUAGUGAAGACGUCAGUGCAGAGGAUGACUUUCAGAGGGAGAUGUACUUGCUUUAUAGAAAGCACUUUGUCCAGUACACCGUGGAAGUAGGAGAGCCAGUAACCUCAGGACAUGAGAAUAUAUGCUACCGUUCAAAAAUUAGGAAGAAGCUUCUUCUGAAGCAAGCUGCAAUGGACAAGUCAGAAAAGGCCAAGAAGCUGCGAGAACAGAGGAAAUAUGGCAAAAAGGUUCAAACACAGGUGAUUCAGAACAGGCAGAAGCAGAAGAAAGCAAUGCUGUCAGCUGUAAAGAAGUAUCAGAAAGGAAUGACAGAUAAAUUGGACUUCUUGGAAGGAGAUCAAGAUCAGAGACCGAAAGAAUCAGCAGCAAAAAAGCAAGUAAACAAAAAAGGUCCAAAUUCUAAGAAGAAAUACAAGGAUAAGAAGUUUGGCUUUGGGGGAAAGAAGAAGGGCAGCAAAUGGAACACCAAAGACAGCCAUGAUGACGUUUCAGGAUUCAAGGCCAGAAUGGCUCAUGGGAAAGGUGGGAAACAUUUCGGCAAAGGAGGCAAGACGAAUGUACUGGGCUACUCCACAGCGGUACUUACCCGAACCAGUCUAAAAUAG